AAGGAGCCAUUAAAGAGGCUCGGCCUAUUCUGCUGAGAUGACAGAUGCGUGAUCAGGGUUUACAAAAUACUGAGUGGGGGGAAGAGAAAGUCAAUAGGGCUUUAGUAUCGCCUCCCACGCGGUGCAAGAAGAAGGGGGUCGCUAAAUGCAACUCGCAGGCCGUCAGUGUCACACUCACGCCAGGAAGAUGUCUCGGACAGCGGGUCGCUAAGGGUGCCCGCGUUAUGCUGAUGAAGGCUUCACGCUAACAUUGGCAGAGACAUGAGUAACAACACGGGCCAACACACGGCGAUCUUUGUGGUUCUGUUUGCUCUGGUCAUGCUACUGAUCAUCUACAGCUCUAACAAUGGGAACGAAGUCUUUCACUACGCAUCGCUGCGGAGCAAAUCGCAUCGUCCACCUAACCUCAAGAAAUGGGGGCUGAGGAACGGAUACCUCCCUGUAUAUGGAAACAAGACUCUGAAUUCCCACUGCCACCAGUGUGUGAUCAUCACCAGCUCCAGCCACCUGCUGGGGAGCAAGCUAGGCUCAGAGAUCAACCAGGUAGAGUGCACCAUCCGCAUGAACGAUGCCCCCACCACCGGCUAUGAGGCAGACGUGGGCAACAAGACCAGUUUCCGCGUGGUGGCUCACUCCAGCAUCUACCAGGUGCUGAAGAAGCCACAGGAGUUUGUCAACAAGACCCCGGAAACCAUCUUCAUCUUCUGGGGGCCACCCAGCAAGAUGCAGAGGAGCCUGCUCAGGAUCAUCCAGCAUGUCAGCAUGUCCUUCCCCAACAUGUCAGCCUACGUUGUGUCCUCUGGUCGUAUGAAGCAGUUUGAUGACUUGUUCAGGGGAGAGACUGGGAAAGACAGGCAGAAGUCCCGGUCAUGGCUGAGCACAGGCUGGUUUACCAUGGUCAUUGCUGUGGAGCUGUGUGACAAGGUGCAUGUCUAUGGCAUGGUCCCUCCUAACUACUGCAGCAAGAGGUCUCAGCCCCACAAGAUGCCGUAUCACUACUACGAGCCCAAGGGCCCGGAUGAGUGUACAAUCUACAUCCACAAUGAGCGCAGCCGCAAGGGCAACCACCACCGCUUCAUCACGGAGAAACGGGUCUUUGCCAGCUGGGCAAGCCUCUAUAACAUCACCUUCUCCCACCCAUCCUGGCCCUAGGGGCUUCACCAGGGAACACAGAGUCAGUCAAGUGCCAAAUGUGACUGAUGUCAAGAGUGGGAUAUCUCUGACUCAAAGGGAGAACGUCUGUGGUACAAACCCUCUGAGCCAGGGGCUCAGAGGUAAGAGAGGCCACACACUGACUGCAGACUGCUGCUAUCAGGAUUCUCCAUCCAGCGGCUGUAUGGGCAGGAAGGACUGGGCUUGAGGGGGAACAGGCUGGGACAGUGCCUGUGACUGAACACACAGGCUGGGCCCUGGGAGCACAGCCACACACUGGGCUUGGUUCGUGUUACACCCCCCUAAGACACAGUCACACACAUCACAGAAUCUGUGCUUCGGGGUGACGGCACCACUUCUGUGACAAGAUGCCUCCCCCACGCUCAUUAUCAACCCUGAGGCUGCCCUUGUCUUAGCUCUCUGCGUGGGGUUUUUUUCUCAGCCCUCCUGGAGAGAUAUUUGAGGCUGGAGUUGGGAGGAGUUUCCUCCUUUCAGCUCUGCUAGGCUGUCAGUCAGAUGCGCAUCUGGGAGGUUGCAUGUACCACGGAGCAUAAACCUAAAGGCAAGGGCCCUGCCCCUGCAACCUCUGCAUCCCUGAGGUUGCCAGCAAGGCCUGCAAACAGCAUCCACCAAGGCUUAAAGAGAAGAGGAUCAGAGUGUCAGGGAAAAGAGCCCCAGAGAUUCUUGGGAAGUGUGAGAAACACCCAGACAAGCUCUGUGAGCCCUGGGCAGUGAUGGAGCUGGCUCUCCCCUCAGGUGCUUUGCCUGGCUGGCCACUAUGGAGGUUGGCUCAGCUUCUGGGUGGCUGCUCAGAGCAGGGUAUACUCUGUGUUGAUUGGGGGUGUUGUCUUGCACUGUGCAUGUGUACGUGUGUCACAGAUACUGUGAGGCAUUUUUUUGUGUGUGACAAUCUCAAAGGGGUACCGUGGCUUAGAGGGCCUUGCUAGUCCCCAUGGGUGUACACAGGCUUCACAACUAGACUCUGCUUUGGCAUCACUGGUUUCCUGGGAUUCUGGGCCAUGUGCCUUCUCCUUCCUCAGGCUGGCAGGCUCAUGCGGCGCUCCUCAGCCUGCUUGUGAAAUGGAGAUUUGGCAGCAGGCGGGUGGACUUGCUGCUCUGCAGCCUAAACUGGAGUUGUGGUCUCUGCUUGCUCUUAAGACAGUUCCCCUCACCCAGUGCUCUGUUCACAGGAGCUGUGAUGCCUUGAAGAAGUGACUGAUGGGCUGAUGCUGGCUCCUAACUACCCCUGGGGCAACCAGUUGGACUGAGAUGCCCAUGGCUGUCUGGUCUAUUUUUGUAUUCACGAGGGUUUCUGUGCCUGUUGUAAAGCUGCCUGAAUGCUCCGGGAGCUGGUGCUGGAGUAGGGGGGCAGUGCUACCUACAGCUGAAGUGCAGCUGCCUAGAAGCAGGGCAGGGACAUGUGGUGCGAGUGGAACGAUGCUCCACUUUUCCCUUUCAUAACUGAUUACAGGGAAAGAUAAGUCAGCUGCGGAUGGGCCCUGACCCCAACAGCUCCCCACUCCCCCCAGGGUUUGGGUAUUCAGGAUCCAGCUCUGAAUUUCAGGCCCCUUUCUCACAGUUUUGAAAGUGCUGGUUGGCCACAGCCAUGCAGCUGGGAGUGGAGUGGCCUGGGGGCUGGAUCUUCAGCUGGGGGGGACUGAACAUGCCCAGGGCUGGGAGCCAGGAGCUUGGAGGGCAGUUGUCUGGGGCACACAGCAUGCUCCAUGUAUUGCUGCCCCAUCUGUAUGCUGCAGAGAAUGAAAGGGAGGGUAUGAGGCCCCUUCAUUAUGGGGAUGUUGAAAUAGCAAGUGCUGGCCUCUCUGGGCAGAGAGCAGCUGCUGCUGCCCUGCCUAGCACAGCAAGGGGCAAACGGAGAUGUCCCUCAGCACUGGGGUGGGGUGUGCUGCACACGACCCAGCACUGUUCCCAGUGGAGAGCAGGACUUGCUCCCUGGUAGGCACAGUAAGGUUACUAUCCUGUUGCUUGCCCAGGCUCGGUGUGGGGGGGGGUCCCCACUGUGGCCCCAGUUGUUCAUUUUAAUUGUUGUGUGGCUUCUCCCAUGUUGUCUCUUGGGCAGCCCUCUGGUCACGGUCCCUUGCAGCUGCUUGUGGGGUCCCUGGUCCUUUGAAUCCCCACCUGCCGGGGAGACCUGUCUCUGCAGCCUGAGUGAGGGGCUGUGGGAUGCACUGGAAAUGGAAACCACGCUGCCAGCUCCUCAACCUGUGAAGAGCAGUGCCCCUCUCCUGGCUGCCUCCAUUCUCUGCCACUGCACCUGUUUGGCCUGAACUCCAUAGAUUAUGACACUGAGACUUGACAGGAAACACCCAGGCAAUAGGCUUCUUUGAUCAUGAUUGCAUGGAAUGGGAGAUUUGCUCGGGGCUUGCUGAACUGGACUUGGGACCCAGAAGUGACUGUUCCCAAGGCAGGCAUGUCUGGGGUCUGAUUCUGCAUUGUGCGGCCCUGUGUGUUGUCUUUGACCCCACUCUAAACAGGCGAGGGGGGUGACAACAACCACCCAAGGGGCAGCACAACAGCAUGAAUUGAGCCCCUGGUGCAGCCUCCCAUAGGAACAUAAGAAUUGCCAUUUACUGGCUCAGACCAUAGGUCCAUCUUGCCCAAUAUCCUGCGUUGCACAGUGGCAGAGAGAGUGCUGAAAGGAUGAGUGAACUGGGCAUGACCAGGAUUUUUUCUGCUGUUCCUUUCUCACUUGCAGCCUUCAGCAUUUAGGGUCCAGGAAGUUUUGAUACAGAUGCCCUAUCCCUAACCCUGGUGCUCAAUAGCUACUGAUGCCCCUUUCCUCCAAGGGGCAUUGGAGGAAUCUCCAUUUCUGAAUCUGGCUAAACUGUCAGCUUCCACAACAUCAGGUGGCAAUGAGUUUCACGCUUUAAUUGCACACUGUGUGAAAAAAGAACUUCCUUUUAGUUUUAAACUAACUACCUACUAGUUUCAUUUUGUGAAUCCUGGUUCUUGUGAGAGAGAGUAAAUAAUAAAUCCCUAUUUCCUAUCUCUUUGCCAUUUAGUAUUUUGUAAACCACUAUGUCCCACCUCAAGUGUCUCUUUUGAAAACAAUAGGCCUCAUCUCUUUAGUCUCUCCUCAUCUGGCAGCCCCUCCAUACCACUAAUUAUCCUUGUUGCCAUUCUCUGUUCUUCUAUAUCCUUUUUGAGGUGUGGGGACCAGAACUGGGCACAGUAUUCAAGGUGUGGACACACCAUGGCUUUAUAAAGGGGCAUGAUGGUACUUUGUUUUGUUUACAAUUCCCUUCUUAAUAAUCCCUAGCAUUUUGUUUGCCUUUUUGACAGCUGCUGAGCACGGAGCUGAUGUUUUUUAGCAGACUGCCCACGAUGACUCCCAGAUCUCAUUCUUGUAUGGUAACAGCUAAUGUAGAGCCCAUCAUCCUGUAGGUAUAAUUUGGGUUAUUUUUGCCCAGGUGCAUCAUCUUACAGUUUCCCUUCAUACCUCCCUCUUAUCCCAUGCUCAUGGUCACUUUUCUUCCUUUAUCUCCCCCCGCUGUUCAGGGUCUGCUCUGAAAGUGUCUGGCAGUCUGGUGCCAUUAGACACUUUCUGAUCUGCUACACAAUUGGAUUUGGCUCUUCCUUGCUUCUCGGACAUUUUUACCAGUUAUGGCCAAGUUUAAAACAAACGUACGCUGCAGCCUUGUCUAGGGACAGCACUAAAUUGGCUUGAUCAGAUCCUUACUUGGGCAACCGCUCCACCCUGAAAUCCAGGGGCAUUGGUCUGGGGCAGGACUAGGCCCUGGAGUUACCAGACUGGCUGGCUAUAUGCAGACCACGGGCCUGCUUCAGAUUCCAUUUUUCCCAGUGUGAAUUGGGUUAACCAAUGGAAGUGGAAUUGAGCCAGUGUAAUUCCAGCGCAAAUGAGGUCAGACUCUGGUCCCAUGACUGCAGCGUACAGCAUCAUUUGCUAGUCAGACAAGGGAAUGACUGACUGUGAGAGAUGCUGACCAGCUCCUGGCCUCUGUCUGCUCCCUGCUUUCCUUCCUUCCAGCAGGAGCACCCCUAGGUCUGCAGAGACACUUCUAAGUGGGUUCCCUUGUUCCAUGCAAUAAAGCAUCUUGACUGUAACAUGGGAGCAAAUCCCCUGUUUACUCUGAUACCUACAGGCAGGAGGGAUCCUCAGUCCAUUGUCUUGGGCUUCAGCCAGUAGUUUGGGCCUAGGAGGUCUCUUCCAUGCUGUGUUCCUCUGACACCAUGUGAGUUGCCCCUCUCCCAGCAUGGGGUUUAAAUGCAGAAGCUGGAGGGUGAUGUGGGGAGAUUUGGGGCUGCUUGGUGGGGAACCUUGAGAGUUCCAAGAGCUUCCUGGGAGAAGGAAGAGCCACUUCUGGCCUCGACUCAGUGCCAUGAGCUGGGGCUGCUUUGCACUUAUACCAGCAGAACCUGAAAGCCUCAUAUGACCCCAGAGAUUCUCUCUAGGAGCACAAGAAGCGACCAGUUCAUAGCACAACUGCCUCCGCAGACUCUAGCUGUGCUCAGCGGUGCCUCUGCUAAACUUCACUGCCUUCAGGAUGUAGUUUGGACAAGACCUGAACUCAGCCACUACAGGCACCUGAUCUAUCUGGUCCUUGGGAAGGCUAUGGAGCUGCUAAUCUCCUGCUAUAGCCUGGACCUUUGGAGGUACUUAAAGGGACACUGUCCAGCUAUUUUUUACGAAGGGGUUGGGGAAGAGGGGGGGGGGUUUUGCUUCUUGUAUUUAUAUUAGCUUCCUCAAAUACUGUUAUUAGAUUUAAAAAUCAAGAAGUGUGAUGAGGUGGACUCGGGGGGGGGGUUGGGGGGGCAGAGCCUGUCAAAGUACAGUACUGGCACUUGCUUAACCAUUGCAGCCCCUCUUUGUCAGCCAGAGUUGUGGGCACUUGGUGUCUGAACAUGGUCAUAUAGGGUGAGGUCUGUAAGCCUUUGUUGCCUAAUCCCCUUGGUUUUCAAUGAGAUUUGGAACCUAAUGUACUUGGGAGCCUUUGGAAAUCCUAGCCACAUGCCUUCUAUUGCACUGGCUCUUUCUAUGAAGCCCAAUUAGGGUGCUGGAAAAUGGAUUUAAAAGAAAUAAUAUUGGUCCCUUUUGUUUUGUUUUCUUGCUGCUGCUACUUUUCUGUGCUUCUGUAAAGAGCUGAUCUGAUUAAACCACUCUGUUAAACCAUUA